AUGAGUGAUCCGGCGCCGCCUUCUGCUCCGGGGGACGAACCCGAGCUGUGGUCGUUCUCAGCCUGGUUCCCACCACCGUACCGCGUGCUGCUGCUCGCCUCGAUCGGGCUGCUGCUGUUCGCGGCCAACGUGCACAUCCUCCACACCAAGGGCAUCGACCUCUUUGCGCUCUUCCGCGCCGACGAGCAGGAAAAGCGUCGGCAGACGGCAUCGAAUAGCUUCCACCGCAGCACCACGGGUGCAGCCACACAGUACGGGUCGUAUCACAAUACGAACCGCACACCCCACGAGGGGAACGGUGCGAUACUGCCGACUACACAGAGCACAGUGGCGGGGCAGGGUGGGAUUACGACUCAACCGCUGGUGGUGUUUGGCGCGGCGCAGUUGGCGUGGGCGCUGGCAGGGUGGGCGUCGUACCGGUUCUAUGUGGAUAGUCUGGCGGGAGAUCCAAAGGGCAGACAUGCACAAGCACUGCAGGGAUUCGCAGUAGCCGGUGCAGCAGCAACAGUGCUCUGGCCAGGCAACCUCUUCUUCAAGCCCAUGCGCAAAUCAUUCGGCCGCGCCCUGCUGCUCAUCCUCACCCCAAGCUUAUCGCAGGUGAUCCCGUUCAGCCACGUCGUGCUGGCGGACAUCCUGACGUCGUUUGCGAAAGUGCUUGGCGACGUAUGGCUCACCGCGUGCUUUCUGGUUCCGCGCAAGGAGCACCACACGUGGUGGAACGGCAAAGGCUCCAUCGCCGUGCCGCUGCUCAUCUCACUCCCCUAUGCGGUCCGCUUACGACAGUGUCUGUCGGAAUACGCCACUGCCCCACCUGCCGCGGUGGGAGGGUGGAAGAACAAACGGCCGCUGUGGAAUGCUGCCAAGUACGCAUCGGCGUUGCCCGUGAUCUGGCUCAGCGCAUGGUACGAAGCCGACACGCACGCGGCGAGUCGCCAGGCGGACUGGAUCUCGCGCUACACGCUCUGGCUGCUCGCCGUGGGCGUCAACUCGAUCUUUAGCUUCUGGUGGGACGUGACCAACGACUGGGGGCUCUCGCUGCUGAUACCCGCCAAUAUGGGAUCGCUUGCGAGUGUGGCCAACAAUGCGACGAAUCUGCAUCGACGAGGCGUAUCCUAUGCCCCACUACCCGAUACCGUGCCUAUGGGGAGCAUGCGUCCGGACGAAAAACCCACGGGGUCUACGGGGUUGGAGGUGCCGAGCAUUCCGGUGGCAGGUCCGUCUGGAAGUGGGACAGCGUCGCAUGGGAGGUCGCUGUCGACGGUCGAGCGGAUGCUAAGACCAUCGCCGUCGCUCAUGUUUGCAGCGUGGAUGUACCAGCUGGCGAUCGUGCUCGAUCUGGGGCUCAGGUUUCUGUGGUCGCUCAAGCUCAGUUCGCACCUGCACCACCUCGUCGAGUGGCAGGGCGGCGUGUUUUCGUUUGAGCUGCUCGAGAUCGUCCGGCGCUCCGUGUGGGUGCUUUUCCGCGUCGAGUGGGAGGUCGUUCGUCGCCGAGAAUCCACCCGACCGCAUGUAGCCCUUGAUUAG